AUGAGUUCCGAAGUUGCCUUUAUCACUGGUGCUGCGAGCGGGGUUGGAAAAGCAGUGGCCACCCAGCUUGCAUCCAAAGGAAUCAAAGUGUUCAUCGCAGACCGCGAUGCCGCUCGUGCAGCUGCAACAGCUCAGGAAAUCAAUGGCGCCUAUGCUGUCGUUGAUGUCAGCAGUUGGGACUCCCAAGCAGCUGCGUUCCAGCAAGCAUUAGACCAAUUUGGCCGAGUGGACUAUGUGCUCGCAGGUGCUGGAAUUGGCGAAAAUCAAUGGAUCCCAGACAAUACAGCCACCAGCGGCUUUGAGAAGCCCCAACUGAGUGUUAUUGAUGUCAAUGUCACCGGCAUGCUCUAUACUGUCUCGUUGGCUGUCCAACACUUCCGUCGACAGCCUCUCAAUGAACAUGGCUCACGCGGCAAAGUGAUUAUCACUGGCUCUGUCUGUGGUAUAUACUGCUGCCCCGGCCUGCCAAUCUAUACAACAUCGAAGCACGCCGUCACGGGCUUGGUUCGCUCCUGGGGUAAGGCUCUGCCCUCUGAGGGUAUCACACUGAACUCGGUCAACCCCAAUGUGAUACGGACCAAUAUUUCUACCGCGGAGUUCUACGAUUCAUUGGAGGCCGAGGGUCUCCUUACCCCCAUUCAUGGAGUGGUGGAGAUUUGUGAGCAAUUGCUCAGUGCCAAGGAAACCGCCAGUGGUGAGUGUUAUGAGAUUGGGCCCAACUACGAUGCCGGACAAGGUGCUGUUCACCCGAAAUUCCCGGAUUUUAUCGACGAAAAGCAGAAGAUUAUAUUUGACAAGCUCGCCGAGCGAGGACAAGCGAAGCGGGCCCUACAGCAGAGCGAGAAGCCCUAA